AGCCAUUCUCGCCGUUCUCGUCCUCCUUUCACCGUUCUCCUUCGCGGUCGCCGAUGACGAUAGCCGGUCGGCCUAUGACGUCAUCCAAGACUUCAACUUCCCGAUGGGGAUUCUCCCCAAGGGCAUCACCGGCUACGACCUUGACCUGAGCACCGGCAAGUGGGCCGCCUAUUUCGACGGCGCAUGUAGCUUCGCGGUCGAAGGCUCGUACCAGCUCAAGUACAAGUCCACCAUCACCGGCACUAUCUCUGAGAACAGGCUCAAGGACCUGACCGGAGUCAGCGUCAAGGUCUUGUUCCUGUGGCUCAAUAUCGUUGAGGUGUCUCGGAGCGGCGACGACCUGGAUUUCUCGGUGGGGAUCGCUUCGGCGUCGUUUCCAAUUGACAAUUUCUACGAGUGUCCGCAAUGCGGGUUUGGAUUGAAUUGCAACCCUGUGCCGCCUCAUGUAAGGAAGAUUAAGAUGAAAAAAUCUCUGGUUUCUUCUAUUUGAAUGAGAAACUGGAUUUGUAGGGAGAUGUUGUUAUACAAUUCGAAUGGUGUUUGAUUAUGGUUUAAAGAUUUUGAAAGCGUUUAGUUCUUAUGCUUUGCA